CUACACAGCACCUGCGGCCCCCCCUCCCAGCACGAUGCCCACCCCCGCGGCGAGAGGGGGAGGUGGGUACGGCCCCUGGGGUACGCCGAGCGCUUCAUGACCGCCGCGCAUGACCACGGCUGCAUGACUACAGUUUACGCCCUCUGGUUGGACGCCCGCGCGCCCAUCGACUUCGAGGUGAUUAAGCAGGCCACCUCCAUCAUGUACAGGAAGCUGCCUCACCUGCGGAUGUCGAUCGGGCGCCACAAGGGCAAGCUGUGGUGGCGCGAGAUCCCGAGGGAGGCCGUGGACGUCGAGGAGCUGCGCAGCGACGACGUCCUGGCCACGCUCGAGUCGCUGCUCCGGCGCCGCUACCGCAUGGAGGAGGGCCCCCUGUGGUUCACGAGGUUCGUCCCCCUCCACGGCGAGGACGAGUGCGUCAGAGACAACAACCACAACCUCAAGUACAAGUACGUCUGCCUCUUCGGCUUCCACCACAACGUAAGCGACGGGACGACCAACAUGAAGUUCUGCAAGGUGUUCCUGCAGGUGGUAAACGACCUGCUGGCGGGCCGCGAAGUGGACAUGCGUCAGGAGGGGGUCUUCGCCACGCCGCUUCACGACCAGAUAGCCGACGACGCGUCCUCGCAGGGCUACUUGUUCACCAUCUUCCUUAAACGCUUCUACAAGGGUAUCCUCAGCUAUGGGGCCUACGUCAGGAACUUCACGCACAUUUACAGAAUGCCCGCAGAGAACAUAGCGAGCACGCGGGUCCUGCACCACGAGCUGGACGAGUUCACCACCAGGAACCUUCUCCGGCGGUGCAAGAUGGAGGGCGUGACCCUGAACUCGGCCUUCACCGCCGCCGCCAACCUCACGCUGUACCAGAUGAUGGCGGACAAGAACCACGAGCUGGACGCGACGACCGUCAGCUCCCUGCAGGCCAUCAACAUGCGGCGCUACUGGCCCAAGGACGCGCAGCCCAACACCUUCGGCUGCCACAUCUCCAUGCUGGACGUGGGCUUCGACACGAAGCGCGCCGACCUGGACGGCUUCUGGGAGUACUCGCGCGGCGUGCACUCGAGCCUCGUGUACCAGCUGACCACGACGCAGCACCCGCUCAAGAUCCAGCCCAUCAGCGAGCGCCUCAUCCUCAUCAUCCGCAGCAACUCGUGGCUGGACUGGGCGGGCCUCCCCUCCACCAACGAUAACCACUACACCGUGACCAACAUGGGCGACCUGACCCACACCUUCCCCGGCAUGGGCGAAGAGGUCGAGGUGUCGCGGGUGCUGCGCUCCGUGUCGUGCCUUCAUGCCCACGCUCUGCCAGCACACGCUGCAGACGUUCCGCGGCCGCUUCUGCUACUCCCUCGACUACUACACGCAGAAGCUUUCGCGGGAGACCGCCACCACGUACGCGCAGGGCAUCAUAGACCUUCUGCGGAAGUCCAUCCACACGCCCAACUGACGUGACCCGACGGCGAGGGAGGACACCCUCACGAAGACGCAGGCGACGACGGCUCGCCCAAGGAGACAGUGAGACGCCCGACAGCACAACGACGACGAAGCUCCCUUCAGAAGGCCCGCGAAGCGCCCCGGGAGGUGCAGAGCGAAGUCAGAGGACUGCCGCAGCAGCAGCUUCCUCAGCAGACAGAACCGCUGCUCGCCGUGACGAGAACACGACACACGACACGCAGGCACCAAGGCCCUGGCAGCUGCGGAGGCGACGUGCCCUGCCGUCCUGCCCGCGCCGAAGGGACAAGAGCCUCAUACCCAAUGCCCACGAUGUCUCUGUCAUACUCCCAAGCUCAUAUCAUUCACCGCUACAAGACCAUGACAAGUCCGGCCUCGACGCCACACUUAGCAUAGUAAUCUCUACCUCUUGUUUGUUCUGUAUGCCAUGUACAAAUGUAAUGUUCUUUGUUUUAAUUUUAAGAGUAUAUGCUCACCAGUAUUAUAGUGUGACUCACUCCGUAAAUAAAUCUGUUACUCAAA